AUGGUUCUGCUGGAGAGUGAGCAGUGGGGCCCGCCGCCACGGCUCUCCUCCUUGUCGGUGUCCCAAACCCCACCGCGGAGAGUGGAGAUAGCAAGUCGCUUUCCAGACGAUGGCCGAACUAAACCCAUUCCGAGGAAAGGCUCAGUGGAGGGCUUCGAGCCCUCAGACAACAAGUGUCUGUUAAGAGCAACUGAUGGGAAAAAGAAGAUUAGCACAGUGGUGAGCUCCAAAGAAGUGAAUAAGUUUCAGAUGGCUUAUUCAAACCUACUGAGAGCAAACAUGGAUGGGCUGAAGAAGAGGGACAAAAAGAGCAAGAGUAAGAAGAGCAAAGCAGCACAGUGAAGGGCUCCAGAUUCCCUGCUUUCACCAACUAACCACCAAAUUGCUAUUUUUCCUUCGGUUUUUACUUUUGGCCACAAAACUACGUUUCUGGUUCCCCUACAUUAACUGUUUUCAUGUGAGAUUAUGUUCGUUUUGGACGGAAGAAGAGCUGUGAUGUUUACAGGGUAGUUAUAAGAAGCCAGUUUAUUUUAGAUCUGGCUAAUUGGUCUAUGUUGCCUACUUGUGUAUUCCUGGAUUUUAGUUAUAGAAUCUGUAGGCAUCUGUGUGAAAAACAAUGCAUCAUUAAACCUGUCUAUUUAUCA